AUGAAGAAUUUGAGAGGCCUGAGGAAGAACUUGUCAGACCGAAGAGCCGGGUCUCCGGACAGAUCACAGGAUUCCAGGAAGGACUCGGAGUCAUGGGACUGCCAGUGUGUCUUUUUACAUACUGACUCCUCUCAGAGGGUGCUUCGUCGGACAGCCAGUGAUGGGGCCAGGUAUUCUGAGAGUCCAGUUCAACCUUUGAAUGUUCCGAGCACCAUGACUGUUGCUCUGACUCCAGAGGAGACCGACAAGUUUAUUCCCAGUGAGCAGAUGGUAUCACAGGACACCAAGAAGGAAAAGGCCCAUAGGCGACCACAGUCUGGGUGGCUGAAAACCUUACUCAAUUUCUUCAUGAGGACAAACCCUGAGGAGUCCAAAGAAAAGGCCAGCAAAAGGCCAGUGGAGGAGAGUCUCUCCCCUUCUGUGGAGUCUCCUGUGACCCCUGGAGAGCCAGCCAUUAGGAAGAAAUCCCAUGACAAAAGGGCCAGCUGCAGGAAAACCUCUGGUCACAAGAAACCUGUUGCUGAAGAAACCAAGAGGACUCAAGAUCAGGAAGCUGCAGGCCAGGAGGCCAAGCUGGCCACCUCACACCCCGAGGAGAUUGACCUUAGCUCAGCUCAAAAGGAUGAGGCGAUCUUCCAGAUGAUAGUGGAAUUUCUCAAGAAAGUGGGAGAUGAGUGGGAAGAAAAGAGACUUAAAACCCAGAAGCUUGAUAUGGUUGUUCAAAACCCAGCCUCAGUUGUCAGGAAGAAAUCCUCAGAAAAAAGAUCCAGCUUCAGGAAAGUGUUCUCUCAUAAGAAACACAGCUCCGAGGAGUCCAGAAGAGCAGGGGCUGCAGCUGUUUCCAGUUUGGAGGCCCGGCCAUCCAAGAAGCCCAGUUUUCUGCCUCUGUGUGGUGGUGGCCAUCGGCCCUCUAUCUCCAGCAACACUGACUUGGAAGAACCUCAAGUCCCAGAAGCUUUGUCUACAGCUGUUAAGGAUUCUAGCCCCACCAAACUCACACCGGGAACAGGAAACCAGGGGCCUGAAGACGAGUUGCAUCUGGACCAAGCCUCUGAAUUCGGAGAAUUCAUACAGAAGAUCUUUGCUCUACUGGAAGAUGCGAAGGAGUCAGGGGCAGAGAAGAGACUUCAAACCCAGCAGUCAGAGGUGGCUGUAGAAAACCCAACGUCAGCUACCAGAAGGAAACCCCCAGAAAAAAGAUCCACCCUCAGGAGAGCGUUUUCUCAUAAGAAACACAGCUCCAAGGAACCCAAGAGAGCAGGGCCGGCAGAUGCUUCCAGCCUGGAGGUCCGACCGCCCAAGAGGCCCAGUUUUCUGCCUCUGUGUGUUGGUGGUCAUCGUCCCUCCACCUCUGACAGCCUUGACUUGGAAGAUGUCAAUAUCCGGAAGCCCUCAUCAGUGGAAUGGGGACUAGGUGGCUCCCUAGAAUCACCCACCCAGACCAAAAACCACAACCCAGAAGGGGACCCUCAACUGGAAGGAGCAUGUGAAUCAAAAGAGCUUAUUAUCCAGAAGCUGGUGGUUCUUCUUCGAGAAGUGGAUGGCCAGUUGGGGAAGCAGAUCAGACGACACCCCAGCUUUAAGAGGGUUUUUUACAAGCUCUCCAACUCCUCCCUCAGAAAACUGGCAGCUACCCUGCAGAGUCAGGGGGGGCAUUCCCCGGUGCCCGGCAGAAAUCUUGAAGAGAGACGCUACCAGUUUGCUGCUGACUUGGUUAGCAUGUUUGCUGGCAAUAAUAGCCACACUGUCCGCAGCCUCAUGGGCCCGAGAGGCCCCUACAGCCGGCAUACAUACGCCCAGUUUCCAACUUUCAGGACCCAGCUCAAAUGCCACCUCUUCACUGAGGCUCUGUGA